AUGCUGACAAGGUCGGCCAGCCUCCACGGCAACGGUUCUGAUCUUUACCUCUCGGGCAGGACUCUGAACAACCCGGGCCAGCGCUCUGGUUCUCUGACUGCCGCUACUGCCUCGUCUGCGAGGCGCUUCCCAGAGUCCACCUCGUCGUCGCCGCCUCAGCAUCGAAGCACGCCGGAAUCGCCCUCGCCCUUGUCGACUCUCGGGCAUCCGGAAGCCUCGAGGAAGCGUGGCCAGUCGGCGCUGCAUCUCGACGAGAGAGAUACGGGCAGUCGGCCUCGUGUCGAACCCAUACAGAUCAGGAGCCCCAAAGGGGACCAUAUCUGUUUGUGCACACCGGCUCCCAAGAUUCGGAGACCGCGAAACGCUUUUAUUCUCUACCGAACUCACCACCAAGCCAGGAUCGUGGCCGAGAACCCCAAGCUCCCCAACCCAGAAAUCUCAAAAAUCAUCGGCUUCCAGUGGCGCGACGAGCCCGAAUCGGUCAAGGAGACGUGGAAGAAGCUUGCGGAAGAGGACAAGCGCAAGCACGCACGACUCUACCCAAACUACAAGUUCCAGCCCCGUCGUGGCGGGAAGCCCGGCUCCGCGGCUCGCACAUCAUCCUGGAGCGAGGGCUCCGAUCCGAGUCACUGUGCCAACUGCGGCGGCAGGUCCAUCACCACGCCCAACACCCCUUCGCUGCCUGGCUCGGUAUUGACGCCCGUCGCAAUGUCUCACAAGAUGAUAGGCGGUCCGCAUGGAAACCCGGCUACUUACCCACCCCCUGGCCGAGCAGGCCCUGAAAACACUUACCCUAGUGCUCGAUUCAUCUUUGGGGACGAACAGGAAGCCAUGUCCUCGCCGUCUAAAAGGCCUCGGCUUGGCAGCGAUGCUGGCUACUAUUACCAUCCGAUGCAGUCCCCACCGCCGCCGCCGCCGCCGCCGCAGCAGCAGCAGCAGCAGCCACCGCACAGUCCAUACACGUCCGGGCCUGGUAGGAUCUAUUACGAACAGCAAGGUCGCCAUCCCUCUGUCGUCCGGCGCCAGACCCAGAGUUAUGUCAUUCCAGCCGAUAGAAAUGGAUACCCGCCGGCACCAGGACACAGCCAACCGCAGCAGUACCGAGGCGCCAUGGCUCCCCCUCCCCCACCCCCAUCGGCGGCACUUCGCCCGUCAAUCAGGUUCGGUUCUGACCGCAGGCCGACGCCCUCCCAGCCAAAGUUUGACGAGUCGCUGCGCCUGCCACCUCUCCAGUCGCGUACAGAACCACAGAAGCAUCAGCAGACGCAACCCUCGCUCCAACAGAAGCCGCAGCAGUCGCCCGUGUCGCAACACCACCAUGGGCGCCAGCAAUCGACCUCGGGGCCCCCACCUGUGUUGGCGACGUCAACAGCCAUCAGCCAGCGCGAGAUCGAGGCGCGCAGCGUCGAGGCAAUGGUCAUGAGCAUCCCCUAUGCCAACAAGCUGCAGGUCCUGGAGCGCAUCAGCCCGCCCCUGGCGCCGCCUGGCCCCAGCAGCCCUGCCGUGGAGACGCGCGGGCCCGUCGUGGCCAUCGAGGGCUCGCACCCGGACCUGAUGGAGGCCGUGGGCAGGAUUCUGCAACGCGUGCUUGAGGACUCUCGCGAGUUUGCCGUCAAGACCUGGUCGGAUAGUAAACCGCCUGCCAUGGCGGCAGGUGAGCAUGUCAUGGAGGAGCAGCUGCAAGACGGGGCGAGCACUCCCGGUGGGGACCGGACCCCAAGAGCGGGAGAAAAGAGAGCUCCGGCGGCGGUCAUCGUCGAGGACAACGCAUCAGAGACGCUGGAGGCGGCAAACAGCGUGGCCGAGUCCGACGCAGAGAUGAGCGACGCACCAAGUGUCUCCCGCCGAAAAUCAUCGUCGGACGCGUCCACCGCACAACAGCCUGGCGGGCUCAGCGCGUUCGUGCCCUACCUGGGCAAGAUACAGGAGUGGCACCGCAGGUCGGACGAGAUGAUCAAGUUCGUCACGACCAAGCCCGUCGGCGGCAACGGCAGGGACACCAGGAUGCCGGUGGCGCUGAUCACGGGCGGCUUCAGCCUGCACAUCUCGGACUGGUUCGCGUCGCGGGUGAGCAUCACGGACGCGUACGCGCCCGUCGACCACUGGCAGUGGAUGGCGACGCUGUGGCGCGGCAUCGUGGGCCCGGACCUGGUCGUCUACGUGCGCAAGUCCAAGGCCGAGGACAUCAGGGCGUUUGGCGCCGUCGAGGUCAAGAGCCCGCGGCUCAUCGUCGUGCGGGUCGACCCGCCGGCCGGCGAGGUGCAACCACGGCUUAGCGAGUCCAUGGAACGCCGAGUCGGCUUUGAGAUUAUGGAGUGGGUGAGAGGUGGAAGCUUUCGUCAGGGGUUCUGA